ACCAGUCCUGUUGUGCCACAUAUCGCUCAAAGUAAAUAGUUAUUGCACGGAGAGUCCCCAGGCGGCAGCCUCCGGCCACUCGCGUCCAUCCUACGCCGCUGCACGCGGCAGAAGGGAGGCCCACACGUGAGACUUGUGUGUCGCCCAUGUCCGCAGACCAAAUCGAUUGUGCCUGAUUAGUCGCCCCACGCCUCGCGGUCAUUCGCAGCCACAGCGCCGUCGUCGGCCUCCUCAGAGCCGGCCCUUCGAUUCAAUCCCUUGGCCCUCCUCCCCUGUUGGCCGUGAAGAAGGCUCCAUGCCGUCGGCGCGGAGAAAACGGCGGCGGAUUCGUCGCCGGCGGCAAAUGCUGCCACUACGCGUAGCAGGAGGGAGGUCAACAUGGAAGAUAUACGCAUCCUCCUUGACCGCGGGCCAUAUUGUCUCCGCCUGAUUCAUCGUACCUGGCCUCGCGGUCGUUCGCCUCCUCCAUCUCGCGGUCAGUCGCCUCAUCCACCUCACAGUCGCUCGCCUCCUCCAUCUCGCAGUCGCAGCGCCGUUGCUGGCCUCCUCCGACCCAAGCCCGUUCCUCUUUGUUGGCUCUGUUCCCGAUCCUUCCUAUGCAACCUUGGGCAGCCGUGUACCUGUCCUCCCCUCUCCCCUUUAUCCUCCUGCAACGAUGGCCUCACAUCCAUUUUGAUUGAGGUGCUUCGCUUCUGAAUGCAGAUUUAGCAUCACCUCGCUACCUCACCCUCCUGGUCUUCCUUGAAUGGGUCACCGCCAUCAUCAAUUGAUGUUGGCUAAAGGGGGGAUAUUUAUCAAUUAAAUACACAAUGAAACGAUCUGCCACAUUGUCUUCUUUGUCUGAAGUUUUAAGGUUACGGAUGAAUGCAAAAGAAUUCCUCCAUUGUUCUCUUACAAAUCAUAUGUAAAUCUAUAUCGCUGGAAGAAAGCGAGAGCAUCCAGCGCCUCUGCGCUGCAAGCUCGCCGUGUGGCUUCCGCGCCGUCGUGGCCGCGUAUCCGGCCGUUCUACAGGCACGUCAGUCGUACGCCGCUGGUGGCAGAAGAGAGGCCCACACGUCAGACCUGCGCGUCGUCCUUGUGCGUGGACCAAAUCAUGUCCACCUCAUUCAUCGCAUCUUAGCCUCGCCUCGCUGCUGUCGCCUCGCACGCCGUCGCCUCCUCCAUCUGGCAGUCGCAGCGCCGUCGCCGGCCCUUCGGCACGAUCCCGGGCCCCUCCUCCCCUGUUGGCACAGCAAGCCGGAGGACGCCCCCAACGCCGCAGCCGAGGGCACCCAGCCCGCGCCCCCCGAGGGAUCCGCCGACACCGCCCCGCCGGCCUCAGGCACGAAGGCCGCGGAGGCGCUGCUCCCAUCGCUCACCAUCUGGCCGCCGUCGCAGCGCACGCGCGACGCCAUCGUGCGCCACAUCGUGCAAACGCUCGCAGCGCCCAGCGUCCUCUCCCAGCGCUACGGAGCCGUCCCGGAGGCCGAGGCCAAGCGCACCGCCGCCGCCGUCCAGGCCGAGGCCUUCGCCGUCGCCUCUGAGUCCGCCGCCGGCGCGUCCCCAGCCUCUGUCAAGGAGGGGAUAGAGGUCCUCCAGGCGUAGUACUCCAAGGAGGUCAGCCGCCGCCUCCUCGAGCUCGCCAAGUCCCGGUCCGCCGCCGCCGCCGCGCCGACCGCCGAGGCCAGCGCGCAGGGGACGGAGGAAUCGUCGGCGACCGUCUCCGGCGCCUGACCGUCGCCUAAAGGUGACGGCUGACGGCGCCGACUCGCGCAUGGGCAGCGGCGGCUGCGAUGGCCUCCAAGGCGGCGCAUUCGUGCAGCCGUGGGGAGGCCCUCCUAUGCGCGAGCCAGCUGGCGCGGCGCCUCCUCUUCCGUUUUGAUCCCGUCGUACUUACCACGCCCGAGGACAUCUAGCGCUUCCUGCCUCGACGUGGCGAUGCUGACGACGCCAAAAUGACAUCCGCGAGGGCCAUCAUCAAGGUCGUUGAGGCAUCCUGCCAGCUGCUGGCAGGCAGGAGGAAGUUGCCGCUGCCCUGCUUCCUGCUCUGUGCUUGCCGCACGUCAAUCUGGCCACGCUUGCGGCUGGCCACGCCAGAGGUAGCACUUUGCCUUCCACCAGUGCUGCCACUCAAGGUAUUUGAUGAAAUGCCAGUUCAAGUUCAAGCUAAUAAAUUCAGUGCACCUUCUUCCAGUAUGUACCAUAUCGCUGAACCAAAAGUAUAUUGUAGAUUGCUUUACUGAAUAAUCCUUUUCCAAGGAUCAAAUUAUAUUUUGUUUCAGGUGAACACAUACCAAUAGGGAAUUGUAGAAUUUGCUUUGCUUUUAUCAGCGUUCACCCAGUCACCCAUACCGCUAUCGUUGGAUCAGCUAGGUUAGAUAAAAAAAAACUCUCAUUAUCUCAUAGUUUGUAUUCUCAUGCCCAGAACAUGGAUACCUCUGCAGUUUGUAUUCAUAACUUAAUUCACUUCAGGUAUUUAUCAGUUGAUAAGAAUUUACCAUUCUGUUUACUUGUGUUCAACGGCACUGCAAAAAAGAUUGGAAGAGUUGUUUCAAACCCUUGCACUCUUACAGGUCUCUUAAAGAUGAAUUUCAUUCUAUUUCCGUGACCAUCAAAAAAAAAAUUCCGUGAGCAUUUUCUUUUGUCAUUGCUCGGAAAUUGGGAGAUUGGUAAGAGGAAUGAGCUGCUAGCUACUACAAGGCAAAAUCUGUUCUUUCACAUGAAGGCACACGAUGUACAGAUGAGAGAUAUAGGAUCAUUCAGAAUAUGUUUCAACGUAUCAAAAAUACAUGUUCAGGUUCGAAAUGUACUAAUGUUACUGCAUAGAUUUAUAUAUUAAUUUGGCUCAAGAUCUAUGCUAGGUUCUAUGAAUUCAAACUUACAUGCGGACAUGCUUGGUAAAAUAUGCUAAUAUAUUAAUCUUAGACUAUAUAUAAUCGAACACAAAUAUAAUUGAUCACUCAUGCCAGUUCCUUCAAUUUACAUGUAUAGGAAAGUUGAGUCUAUAAGCAUUUACACUACUGUUUUUAUGGUAUGCCAAACCUGAACUUCUUGAGGCUGCUGCCCUGUAGGAUGGGCAUGUUCCAUUUGGUUGCUUUCCAUGGCCAACGCCUACUUACGCUCCCUUAUAAAUCAUUGGUCUGACCUCUUUGAGACUUCUUUUCUACAUUAUCAGUUGUGUUGCGAGAGUAGCUAAUCCAGCAUGGUAUGGUCCAAUGCCACCACAAAAUGAUGUGAUUUCCAAGUUGCAGACCUACCUAAACUUGACAACCCACAUAGGUAACUGACAUCUCUAUACCUGAAGACCAAUGAACAGGUGGGAGGUGUUUGCGUUUGCAUGGCUUGGUCUCAAACUGCCUGAUGUGGUUAACUUUUUGUGAUGAAGACUCAUACUGAUCUACUGUGCUACCCGGUCCUUUCUCUACCACACCAAUAUGCCAGCAAUUGCCCGAGGACACUUCUAAUAUGUAAAUUGUAUAUCACAUAUAAAAUAUGUUGUCAGUAUGUCUUGAUUGCUA